AGAGAGAGAGAGUAGAGUAAUGAGGUUGCAAACAAGAGUGUCAUUUCGCAUGUAUAUUGCUACAUAUUCAUAGUGCCUACAUAUUCAUAUUGCCUACACAUUCAAAAGAAAAAAGAAAUGUUUGCCUUCACAUGACUAACACCUAAGAUUACUGCGAUGCACUUCAGUCGUGAUAUUCAUGGAAAAGCCGAUUUCUUACUUAUACUCUUUAACACACUCUUGAAAUGCAUUCGCAGAAAUAACUGCUUCCUAUUAGUGACAAAAUAGUGAUAAAAAAAAAAUAAAUAAAAAAAAAAAAACGCCUCUUAAUGCUGCCUGCAGAAAAGAGCACCAGUGCAAAACUCAUACAUCAACAGAGCUGAAAAUCUCAGAUAAUCGAGGCUUUAGCGCCCCCUCACACCUCAGUACGCCGAACACCCCGACAGGCACCACUAGUUAGCAGAGAUCUGUGAGGGAGUCAGGAGGAACCGCCAUGGACCCCGCCAGGAUCCUGCAAAUCAUCACCAACAGCACAUGGAUGGUGACACAGUUGGUGGGGAGAGGCCCCGUGGAGUUUGCGAGAUCCGAGUACAUCGUGGAAGCAGAAGAGAACACGAGGAUUCCGAAUCUACUGCAGCUCUCCGUAAGAGUGCAGCCACAAGUGUCGGCGGUGAAAUUCAAGAUAACAGAAGGCAACGAGAGAGGCGCUUUCCGCAUCGACCCCUCCACAGGACGCCUGGCCCUCACCUCCACCCUUGACUACGAGCAGCAGAAGCAGCAUGAGCUUGUUGUGGAGGCGCGGGCAGGGGAGGCGACCAGCGAGACGCGCGUGGUGGUGAGGGUGCAGGACCAAAACGACCACGCCCCGGUGUUCGCCCGUACCCUCCAUGAGACCCAGAUUACCGAGGAGGACGACAGACACCUGCCCAAAGUCAUCCUCACGGUGAAGGCCACGGAUGGGGACGAGGGCGAGCACGGCCGCCUAAGAUACUCUGUCACCGGGGACGGGAUCAUCCCUAACACCACCAUAGGAAGCUCCUUCGCCGUACAUCCUACCUCGGGCGCCGUUCUGCUCCUUAGGCCGCUGGACCGGGACCCGCCCAGAGGCCAGGCACAAUGGAAGAUUCGCGUGGCAGCGGAGGACGGGGAGUGGAGCGCCUUCACGGACGUCCUGGUCAACCUGAAGGACAUCAACGACAACGCGCCCUUCUUCCCAUCUCCCACGCUGCGCGCCGCCAUCUCCGAGAACACCCCUAAAGGGUCGUCGGUGAUCCAGGUUGAAGCCACAGACCAUGACGACCCUCGGGAAGGUCAGAACGCACAGCUGACCUACUCACUGGAGAAGAACGUGAUCGAUGAGUCGAGCGGCAGCCCCAUCCUCACCAUCCACACACGCACGGGGCUCAUCACCACGGCACUCUGCUGCCUCGACCGGGAGAAGACGCCCCAAUACGAGAUCCAGGUGGUUGCUACUGACGGAGGCGGACUCAAGGGCACAGGCACGGUGGUGGUGGACGUGGAGGAUGUCAAUGACGUGCCGCCAAGGUUCUCCCGCCCAGAGUGGACGCUGGACGUGUCUGAAAACCAGCACCCCGAUGACGUGUUGGCGACCCUCACUGUGGUGGAUCAGGACGUGACCAACAACUUCACCUUCAGGGUGGUACCGGAAAGCGGUGAUGGGUGGGACAAGUUCCGCGUGGAGAAGCGCCGUGUUGGGGCUCCCGGAGGAGACCUGCGCCUCGCCACACCCCUGGAUUACGAAAACCCUGAACACAGAAAGGGAUUCCGGUUUCGUGUGGAGGUGACAGAUGCGGGUGAAGGCAGCUGGGACGACCGCUACCACGUGGACGGCGCCUGGGUCAACCUGAGGCUGGUGGACGAGAACGACAACACGCCCAUCUUCCACGCUGAUCACGCCCACCUCACCCUCCCCGAGGACACGCCCUCAGGCACCCACCUCACCACCUUCACUGCCCAAGACCUCGACGGGGGCGGCCAAAGCAAGAUAAAGUACAGUAUAGCUCCUUCAAGCAAUCCUGGAGGGAUUUUCGGAGUAACUGAGGAGGGGGAGGUUCGGCUAGUGGGCAACCUUGAUCGGGAAACCGCGUCCUCCCACACAGUAGUGGUGAUGGCCGCCGACACGGGCGUGCCCCCCAGGACAGCUACGGCCACCCUGACUAUCAAGGUGACUGAUGUGAACGACAACCCGCCGUUCCUGGCGGAGCCACAAGAGGUGCAAGUGGUGGAGAACAGCGAGGCCCAGCUAGUGGCCACGGUGACUCUGGGUGACCCCGACAACUGGCGACAAGGUCACGGGCCGCCCUUCACCUUAUCCCUGGAUCCCCACGCGCCGCCCCUGGUCGAGGCCAGCGUCAGGGUGGUGCAUGAUAAGAAAGGGGACGAGGGUCGAGGCGUCGGUCUAGUAUACACGGUGCGAGCCCUGGAUCGAGAAGAAGGACGGCUGAUGCUGGUGCCUCUGGUGGUGGGGGACGCGGGCCGCCGCUCAGCCACCGUCACCCUCACCCUGCACGUGGCUGACCUCAACGACAACCCCAUGACGCCUGCCGCCAAGGCUGUCACCGUGCACACCGUCAAGAACGUAAGGGAAGCAGCAAGAAGUCAGUCGGCCCACACCUAG